AUGGUAACGGUUCGAGAUGGAAUUCAAAGUAGCGAUGAGUGGUACUUGGAUUCUGGUUGUUCGACUCAUAUGAAGGGAAGAAAGGAUUGGUUUGUCAAGAUCAAUCAAGCCACGAAGAAUAAAGUGAGAUUUGCCGAUGAUACGAUGUUAUCUGCUGAUGGCGUUGGAGAUGUCUUGAUCGUGAAGAAAGAUGGUGGUCGUUCAUUGAUCAAGGAUGUGCUGUACAUUCCAGGAAUAAAAUGUAAUCUUUUGAGCAUUGGCCAACUACUUGAGAAAGAUUACAUUAUUCGCAUGGAAAACAAGGUAUUGCGCGUUUUGGACCGAAAGGGAGUUUUGGUACUUAAAGCACCGAUGGCUGCCAAUCGAACUUUCAAGAUAGCAUUGAAAGUAAUGGAGCAUCGAUGUUUAGCUACAGCGGCAAGUCAUGAGGAGUGGUUGUGGUAUUACCGUCUUGGUCAUCUCAAUUUUCGAGACCUCGAUGCGUUGCAUAGACAUGGUAUGGUGACCGGGCUGCCAAGAAUCGUGGUUCCAGCUGAGUUAUGUGUUGAAUGUGUUCAAGUUAAGCAACACAAGAGUGUUUUCAGCAAGGAUACAGGUCAUAGGACCAAGCAUCUUCUUGAGGUGGUGUAUUCGGACGUGUGUGUGUGGGCCGAUGCAAGUCAAUUCGUAUGGAGGUAA